GAAGAACCUAUAGUUUUUAGUCUUUUUACCCGUGUUGAUGGCGUUGAUGGCAUUGUGAAUUUAACAUGUGUUUUUGUCACGCCCUCUUAGUAGAUUUAGCAUAUUUUAUUGACUGAUUGAGCGCCUUCAAAUUUCCGUUCGGAGGUAACGUUCUAAUUCUAUUCAUUUCAAAGGUCUAAACCUAACUAAAAACACUCUGCAAUGGAGAGAGGCGCGUUUUUAGUUAAACUGUGAACAAAGCACUCGGCCUACGCCUCGUUUGCAAGCAAUGCCCUUUGCCCACUGCCUUUGCCUCGUAAUAAGCGCACGUGGAGUGAACCCGCAAGCGGGUGUAUGAACAGGCAGACAUCAUGGCCGACAAUUUAACCGAAACAGAACUGAGGGAAAAUAUUGCAGGUCAGGCCAUAUUUCUUUGUCUUUCCAUCGUUUUAUAACUUCACGUCAUUAUACUCUGUCAUCCUUCACAGUUUAUAGAACUACAUUUGGAAUGAUUCUUAUAUUUUUUUUAGAAAUUAUUAAGAAUGGCGACCUAGCCACAUUAACUUCUAAGAAAAUUCGAAAAAUAUUGGAAAAGAAAUAUGACGCGAAUUUAUUGCAUAGGUAAGGGAAUUUAUCAGACAUAAGCUUUGAGGUACAACGCAUGUUAUAUGUGUUGCUAAAUGAAAGUUUAAUACGGCGUUUGGAAGGAUAUUAGUAUAUAAUUCUGUGCCAUGACUGUGUAUAAAAUAUAUUGUUCAUCAUUUAUAUGUUUUGUAAUAUGUGUGCCAUCUGCCUGAUAUGAGUUUGCCAAGAAUUACAAAUUGAAUAAUUGUGCCAGUUGUUGAUUCUACUUACCAUAAAUUGCAAAAUUCUGAGUUAAAUGAUUCAAAGCAAAUUGCUGAAAGUUCAUUGAAAAUCUGGAGAGAGAACCCUUUUCCCCCUUUUGAUCUGUUUGCAGCUGUCUGAGCCUUUCGUUGAAACUUGGAGAGCCCUUUUAGGGUAAAUUUUAGACAGGUGAUAUUGGAUUGAAAUGGCGGCAUAAAGGGAAUAAAAUGGUGACGUAUGAAGGUCUGUGUUCUGUGACUGAUGUUUAACAGGCCAGAUAAUGUAUUCAAUUUUUUCAUUUCCAAGUUGUUUUCACUGCAAUAUAGGUUUCACUGCAGUUUGGCCUAAACUAGGGACUGAACUAUGUUAUGCUGGAUAUUUACAGCGUAAAAUGUUUUUGAUAUUUUAUGACAUUACUCAAUAGUGUAAAUGUUACUAACAAUAUAAAACCCUUUAACAGUUUUGAUGUUUUUGUAUGAUAUUGUGAAGAUUUUUGAAUUUGAAGACUGAUAUUUGAAAUAAAUGUAUCAACUGCAGUCAAAAACUUGCAACAUGCAUAACUUUAAUGCUUUAUAUAAAACUUCUCAGUCUGUUGUAUGGCGUACUGGCAUUUAAGCAGUCAGCGGCUUAUUGGUACAACCUCCAUCCACUGUAACAUAUUCACAGAUUCCAACCUGGCUAUACUUCGGGGUUGAGAAAUGCCUGUGUUUAAUAACAGUAACAUUUUUUUGCCCUCACCAGAAACAGAUAUAAAGUUUCCUUAAUUAAAAUAGUUUCUUCAUCAUGAAACAAGGUGCUUGGCAAAUGGUGCAUGUUUUGAGAUAUAAACUUGUGUUGGCUUGGGUAGUGGCAAAAACACAAAAAAUCUUGUGGAUUGAUAGGGAUUCAACUACCUGAAAAAUACUAGUAAAACUUUGACAUUUCGAUCAAAGGCCCUUGUCAAGAAGUUAGUGCAUGUUUUGAGGCAUGUAUUAGGCAUGCAUGUUUGAUCAUGCCAUGCUUGUCAGAUGUUGGGAUCCUAGGUAGUGGCGCUACCUGCAAGUGCCUGAAGCUAACUACAAUCCUUGGUCAGAAGUUUUUCAAAAGACAAAUCUCUGUUUUCAAAAGCCAGAACUCCAUUUUCAAAUGCCAAAACUCCGUUUUCAAAAGCCAGAACUCCAUUUUCAAAUGCCAGAACUCCCUUUUCAAAUGCCAAUACUCUGUUUUCAAAUAUGCCAGAACUACCUUUCCAAAAACCAGAACUCCAUUUUCAAAUGCCAGAACUCCAUUUUCAAAUGCCAGAACUCCCUUUUCAAAUGCCAAUACUCCAUUUUCAAAUAUGCCAGAACUACCUUUCCAAAAGCCAGAACUCCAUUUUCAAAUGCCAGAACUCCAUUUUCAGCUUGAUAUAUGAAAAUGUUUGACCAAUUGGGUUUGAGCAGUUUAGUGGACCCUCAAUUUUGACAAUAUGAAACAUAACUAAAAAAAAUUCUUUGGUGCCUGGUCCUGGUGUUGCAAUUUUCAAGCGAAGCGAGCAAGUUUGGACCAUACAGGGCUAACUGAAAUUUUUUUUGGCUACCUGCAAAAACCCCAAAUAUACAGGUAUGGAUCAUGCUCUUUUCCAGGCAAUGCCUAGUGAUUGGAAGUGUAAUUUUUCAGGCAAGCAAAACAUAUGUCAGAUAGGGGCAUUUGCUCAAAACAUCGAUAUACUCUGGUAUAUCUUGUGCAAUAAAACUCAUUUUGUGCACAGGAAAAAACAGAUUGAUGAUAUAGUAAUGCAAUUGGUUGAUGAGCAGUCAGAAGACAGUGGUGACAAUGCCUCGGCAGAGAGUCCAAGUAACUCUGGAGAGAAAAGCCCUAAAGAGGUAUUAUGCAUUUAUAAUAAAUGGUAGUGGUAGAUCCCCAUCCUAACAUUUCUCAACAGAAGACAUCUCUCAAAAGAGAUCCUAACAAUUGCAUGUACACUGUAUCUGGCCAUGUCUCUUGUUAACCUGAUUAAAGCACUCUAAUAUGCCUACAUUAUGAUUUUAUGAGUUUAUUCGUUAAGUUAAUAAGUGGAGAUUGUUGGAUGUUAUUGGGUUAAAGCAAUAUUUCCUUACUACUAUAUUUCUUGUCUAAUUAACACAUUUGCCCCUACAGUUCAUAUUUCCUUUAAAUCCAAGUUGUUCCAAUAGUCUGUUGAUAUAUAAAUUUUAAAAAAUUGCCUUUGUUUUAAUGUUUUAACCCUUUAAAGGGGCAGUAUGAUCAAAAUUUUUAUUCUCUUAAACCAAAGCUUAAAUGAAAAUGCUUGUAAAACUGUAUAAUAACUUGUUUUGAAAAUUUUUGUUCUCAUGCUUAGUUCUUGAGAUAUUUCAUUUGUUUGUAACCAUGUGACGUCAUCUACUCAAUUACAUAAAUAAUGAGAUAUCAGUAAUUGUUGUGUAUAAGUUUCGUGGGCCGUUUUUAAAUAUGGGAGUGACUCUUGCUAUUUUCCACUCAAAAGGAACAGUUGCACUUAUAAUGGCCAUAUUGAAAUUUUUUGUCAAUGAGUUUGUAAUUACAGGAGCAGCAAUGCGAAUAGUUUUAGCAGGGAUUUUGUCAAUUCCAGUAGAUUUACGAGGAUUUAGAGAUAACAGAAGUCUGUAUACGUUCGAUUCAGACACUGUUUGAAAAUUAAAGCUACUAGUUGUUGUCAUGAUGUAAUCCUUGAAAUUUCUGUCACCAUUAUCAAUAUUUUUGGCAAUAUCUGUCACCAUUAUGGGAGAGUGCUGCCACUCAAUGCGUUAAUUUCCAUUGAACAAUCAGAUCAGUCAGUCUUUUAACCCAAAUGUUGUUUUAUUAGGAGUCAUCGGAACAAGAAACAAAAUCACCAGUCAAAUCAGAAAGGGUAAGUAACGCAUGAUUCUUUGGAAUAUUUUUGUUAACCUAUUAAGCUGCAAUGUGCCCAAAUGCAACUUUAGUAGUGUGUCCUAAUUAACAUGUCUAUGAAACCUUACUUGUGGUUUGACCCUGGUAACUGUAGUUCGAAUUGUCUGUGCCAGUGUAGGUAGUGCCUAUUAUACAAGCUUUUGUUGACAGGGAUGCGACUACCUGAAAAAUGUAAAGAGAAUUUCGACGUUUUGAGCUAAGGCCCUCCCAAACCACAAAUUAGCCAUUCCGAAGUUGAUGAGUGAACUGGGGACGAGUGUUAAAAAAUGCCCAAAUUAAGAAAUGAACUAAAUCACUAAAAAGACCACCUCAAAAUUAGUAAGUAUACAAAAUUUGAAGACGUUUACGUGAAUAUCCUUCGAAUAAUAAGCUUUCGAAAAUCGGAUAUUUACUAUGAAAUGUAUUGCAAUUUUUGUUUUUGGGACGCUCGUCCCAAAAACGAUCUUUUAAUCAGUAAGUUCAUAAUUUUCGAAAGCUUAUUAUUCGAAGGGUAUUCAUGUAAACGUCUUCAAACUUUGUAUACUUACUAAUUUUGAGGUGGUCUUUUUAGUGAUUUAGUUCAUUUCUUAAUUUGGGCACUUUUUAACACUCGUCCCCAGUCCACUCAUCAACUUCGGAAUGGCUAAUUGACCAUUUAAGUUUGAAACGAAGGCCUUUUUUCAAAACGUCUAAAUUCUCCGUAUAUUUCUCAGGUAGUUGCAUUCCUACCAACAAAAGCUUGUUACUGUAGUUUGAACCCUAUUGGAGAAUAUUAGUCUGCAAAAGAACCCUGGCUGAGCCCUUGUACAGUAGGUAAUUGGGUUAUAUGAAUUUUCAGGUUUCUGUGAUAUCGAUUAAUAAUAAACAGAAAAAGAAAGUAAAGACAGAAAGUGAUUCUGAUGCAGAAGAAGAUCUACAGGUAGUUUAAGUAUUGCCACUUGAAAACGGUUUAAAUUUAUAUCCAAAAACAACAUCCAGGGUUUGAAAUAACCACUUACAGAUCUUAGGCUGGUUGUGUGCAGGCCACAUAAUUUUUCAAACUUGCUAAAAUAUAUGUUGUGUAUACUCAGAUUAAACUCAAGUGUUUAUAAAUAAAAGUGUCUUUGUUAGUUGUGAGGUCCAUAUCUGUACCAGUGAGCUCAAUAUACUUACUGUAUAUAUAUCUGAGCUUUAUCUACUUACUGUAUAUAUAUCUGAGCUUUAUAUACUUACUGUAUAAAAGUGUAUAUAUAUCUGAGCUCUAUAUACUUACUGUAUAUAUAUAUGGGCUCUAUCUAUUUACUGUAUAUAUAUCUGAGCUCUAUAUAUAUACUUACUGUAUGUCGAGCAAGAACUUCAGUCAUGAGAAAAGUAACGUCAAGAUGGUCGUAAUAAUACCAUAGAUUAGAAAUACACUAAUAUAUACAAUAUUAGAAACAGUGUAUUUCUAAUCUGUGGUAAUACUUAUGAAGGGGAUAAACAGUUUUAAUACCAUUUUAUCCCAGUUUGUUCCAGUUUUUCUAACAGACCAUAUUGCUAAUCAAAUUAUCAGUUUAUAAAACCAUAGUAUUAGUCAAAGUACGAAAUCUUGGCACACUCUUUGCAGCUUCGUAUCUGACCGUGCACUCCGUGCAGACAAAAACAAUAGAAAGGGACUGAAACUGACGUCUAAUGGCAGCAUAUCUGGCUUCACGUUUUGGACUCAAGUUCUCACUCCAGACAUAUAUGGAUCUCACUACUCUGUACUUUAAUAUUCAAGCAAUUUACUAGCCAGACAAAACUACGAAACUGAUAUACAUUGUGAUUUUUUCUGUGUUGGUGUAAUGUACUCGGGUGAAUAUGAUGCUUGUGAUGUUACUCUGAUCUUACUAUAUACACUCAGAGUAACAUCACAAGCAUCAUAUUCACCUGAGUACAUUGCACCAACACAGAAAAAAUCAUGAUUAUUAGAUUACAUUGAUAUCGAAGGAACUAGAUUCUGUUUCGAAAUAUCACAUACUCGAACCGACCUGACCGCGUAGCUCAGUUGGCAGAGCAUUGAGCUAGUAUUUCAAAGGUUGUAGCUAGUAUUUCAAAGGUUUGAUUCCCACCGUGGUCGGGCAUAUUUUUCAAGCUUGCCCGGUGUGGAUAUACACUGAGAGUAACCACAAGCAUGAUAUACAUUGGUUGAAAAAUCAUUAUUAGGUGCAUGGAUAGCAUUAUCCGGCCUUUGUACAACCUGCCCCAGAGCUAGUAAUGACCAAACUAAGACAUGAUUAUGGCAUAACCAUUUCUAGAGCGAAAGCGACAGUGAGUCAGAUGAUGAUGCUCCAAAACCCAGGAGAAAAAGUCCAUUGAAGCGAUCAGCUAAGAAUGUGAGUUUGAAACCAUUCAUUCUGUCCCUUUUAUCCACCUAUCAUGUCCUCAUCCUCUUGCCCAUCGACUACACACGUAAAAAUCUCACAUCUUGUAACAAGUCUGCCAACAAGAUGUAUUCGCACUGCUUGUCACAAGUUGUCAACAGGUUUGGAACAACUUGUAACAACCUUAUCGAAAUUAUAUCAGACCUGUUGCAAAGUUGUUCUGACAAGUCCGUUACAUGCUUGAUAUAACAAGAUUGUUACAACCUAGUGUUGACAACUUUGUAACAUCCUUGUUAUAUCAUGGCUGUAACAAACUUGUUAGCACAAUCUUGUAACAAGGCUGAUAAUGCCAUCAAGCUUGUUACAAGUUGUUAACAGCUUGUUUCAAACUUGUUACAACAAACUGGGAACAAGCAGUGCGAACACAACUUGUUGACAGCUUAUGAACAGAUUUGUAACAACUUGUUUGCAGACUUGUUACAACUUGUGCGUUUUUACGUGUGUAUAUUAUGAAUUCACAGACUCUAUUUUUACCUUUUGUUACAAAAGGAGAGAAGUAAAGCAGCCAAGAAACCCAAAACAGACAAAGGAGACGGACCAAAGAGAAAAACAGGUGAGUGACAGACGUUGAACUGAUGUGCAUUUUUCAUCAAGUAUUUUUGGUUUCACCUUUAAAUUGCCAUGAUUGUAGGGUUUUCAAAACCAAUGUUGUUGUCACCUGAAUUGGCAGAUCUUAUGGGAGAAACGCAUGUAAGUUCAAUGGACAACUUGCAUGUUAGACUAAAUUUUAAUCUAAGUAAAGCGAAGGGAAUAAAACACAACAGUUAAAAAGAAAAUAAUGAAAUUAGUAAAAUUGCAAAAUUUGGUUGCGAAAUGUUGUAAAAUGCAGAAAAUAUAGCCUUGCGAAGUUUGCAUAUUUUCAGUAUAUUUGUAUUACGUGCGGAAAUUGUUACCAUUUUCGGCUCGAAAAUGGUAACAAUUUUCGCACGUAAUACAAAAUGACUGAAAAUUGCAAACUUCGCAAGGCUAUAUUUUCUGCAUUUUACAACAUUUCGUAACCAAAUUUUGCAAUUUUACUGAUUUUAAUAAGUUCUUUACGGGAAUUUACUUUUUUUUCCCUAAAUCAAAAAUUUGUCUAACAUGCAAGUUGUCUAUUAUGUUCACAUAAAUUCAGUAAGUUGAUCAUAUUCUAACGCUGCAAUCUGUUGUUUAGAUGCCUCGUUCAGAAGUUGUAAAAAAGAUGUGGCAGAUUAUUAGAGAGCGGGAUUUAUUGGUAAGUUAUAUUGUAACCAAUGAGCUCCAUUUAGAUCUGGAGUGAGAUUGGAAGUCAGUUCCAAUCCCUUUUCAAUUGCUGCUCAAUAGUACUGUACUUAAUUGACACAAUUGUUUUCUUUCAAUAGGAUCCAACAAAUAAACGAUUCACAAUAUGUGAUGAUCAGUUGGAAAAAAUAAUUGGUAAGCUUUAUUUCUACAAUAAUUGGUAAUACGUUUAUUAACAUACACACGGAAAAACGCACAAGUUGUAUCAAACCUGUAUCAGACUCGUAGCAAUGCUGUUUCAAGAACUUGUGAACAGGAUGUGUUCGCACUGCUUGUUCCCAGUUGGUGACAAGUCUGGAACAAGUUGUUAUCAUCUUGCAACAAGGUUGAUGACGCCAGCAGACUCGCAACAAGUUGUUCCAACAAGUCUGAUAUCGUCCUGCAAUUCAACAAGUUGUGAGUGACAACCUUGUAGCAAUUUCGUAAAAUAAUAACGUUGUUACAACUUCUUAACAAGCUUUGCAAGCAAGCUUGUUGACAAGCUUGCUGUUGCGAACACAUCUUGUUGACAAGUUGUGAUAUUUUUUACUUGUGAUAAUGCAGCAUCCGUUCAUCUUUCACUCCAGGCAAGAAAAGAUUUAUGACAUUUGCCAUGAUGAAGUACCUCAAGAGACACGUUAGAGAUCCAGCGAUUAUGUGAGGUUAACAGCCAAGGAUAGACAAGGUUUACAGGUGAUCUGGUGGUGUGCCAGUCUAUAUUUUAGUUAUCGUUUCGUUCCUGAUCGUUGUGUUUUUAAUCAAGACACGUACAAAGUGCAGAUUUUUGUUUAUAAGUGGAUAAAAACCUGGUUUUGAACAAAUGGAGAACCACGGUGUGUUUUAGUGAACAGUAAUACAAAACUGAAAAUCACAAAAUUAAGUUUAUAGUUGGUGUGCAGUACCAAACAAAUUCCCAGCGCUAAGACAGAGGAAUCGUUCAAACGAGUUCAACAUCACCCUAAAACAACCCUGAACCAUAAUCGUGACUGCUGAAUAGGUUCAGUGUUAGGGUUUCAGAAGCGUUUUACGGUCAGUCAAUGUGAUUUCUUGUUAUAAUACAUCCUUCCGGAAAGUAGUCGGCCUUGGCUAUAGAGCCUCGUUUUCGUGAUUUGAGAUAUUGGGUUUCCGUCCUUUUUCUUGUUACAUACAGGUAGACAUAUACAGGUGGAAAUUAUAUAAAAUAUCUUUAUAUAAUUAGGUCAUCGAUAACAAGAUAAAGGUCUCUAAAGCCAAUAUCUCAAUCCCGAAAAUGAGGCUCUAUAGAGCGUUUGCACAUGACGUCACAGCCGCCAUGUUGGUGUUCCAAUUCAAAAGAAUUUUAAUUGGACUCUUUUGUCUGGAACACCAACAUGGCCGCCAUGGUUUGUGUUGAGUUGGUCCCUGGGGAAUGAGUGCAAACGCUCUAUAGCCAAGGCUAAGUACUUUCCGGAAGAAAUUGGUAAUGUAUACCACCAGUCCGAAUGAGCUGAACUGUUUGAUCUCCGCAGUGUGACUCGAACUAUGCAUAUUACCCUUUUUAGACAGACUUUGAUUUUUAGUUUCGUGUCAUGAACAACUAGUAGAGUAAUAAUAAUAACAUUACAGUUAUAAUAUAGACGAUGCGUGGCCAGGGUUAUACAAGUGAUUCAUAACGUCAUAGUUAUUAUAAGAUUGAUAGUUUGUUAAGACUGGUUUUCACUAUUAAAGUUUCUGUGAUCACAGUAGAAAUUUUGCAUAGGUAAAUUCUAAGUUUUGAAGGAUUCAUAAGAAAUGUUUGAGGAAACUGACUGAGUGUCAAUUGGACCAUUCCCCAAUUAACCAAAAUUUUGAUCUCAACAAGUCUAGACAAAAUUCCAUCACAGCAUGAAAGAGCAUCACAAAAUUAGUAAUAUUCCAAAGUUUCGUUGCGAAAUGUUGUAAAAUGCGGAUAAUAUAGCCUUACGAAAUUUGCAAUUUUCAGUCAUUUUGCUUUACAAACGGGAAAUGGUUACCACUUUUCCAAAAUUUCGAUCUUAACUAGCCUAAACAAAAAUUUCAUCACAGCUUGAAAGAGCAUCACAAAAUUAGUAAUAUUCCAAAGUUUCGUUGCAAAAUGUUGUAAAAUGCGGAUAAUAUAGCCUUGCGAAGUUUGUAAUUUUCAGUCAUUUUGUAUUACGCACAGAAGUGGUAACCGUUUCCCGUUUGUAAUCUAAAAUGACUGAAAAUUGCAAACUUCGCAAGGCUAUAUUAUCCGCAUUUUACAACAUUUCGCAACGAAACUUCGGAAUAUUACUAAUUUUGUGAUGCUCUUUCAAGCUGUGGUGAAAUUUUUGUCUAGACUUGUUGAGUUCAAAAUUUUGGUUAAUUGGGGAAUGGUCCAUUACCUUAAACAUUUCUUACAAAUCCUUCAUAACUUCAGAAUUUAUCUAUGCAAAAUUCCUACUGUGAUCACAGAAACUUUGAUAGUGUAAGCCAGGCUUCAUUAUAAAAUUGAUAGUUUGUUAAUUAAUCAUAGUUUAUAGUAAAUAACCAUCUUAUUGAUACCGAUGAAAUAGUGCAUUUGGAAUGAUCGACGAUUGAAGUAAGUCGGUUGAUUUCAGGUGCAUGCAUCGAUACUAUCUUAAGAACUCGAAAAAAUACAAACGUUUUUCAAAUGCAAUCAUUUAAUAUCAUAUGCGCUGAAAUAGACAACUUAUUGAUAAGUUUAAUAGUAUGGAAAUCUACAAUCCGCAACAUUCAAUGGCCUGUUAAAUUAUAAUUCAAAUGAAUAAUUGUUG